AAGCUCGCGCAGGCAAACCGCAAUGCCGUUCGUUAGCCCUCUCGCCGACGACGACGACGCCGACGACUACUACUACGGCUACCGCCGAGGCACCGCCGGCGGCGGCGGCGGCGGCGGAGGGAAGAGCUCCAAGAAGGACAAGGACAAGGAGAAGGGCCUCCUCUGCUUCCUCCCCUGCUUCCUCCCCUGCUCGCCCGGGUCGGUGGACGCCACGGCGCACCGCCGCCUCCUCUCCUCGGACUCCAGCGACAGCGACAACAUCGCCGCCGCCGACAUCACCGCCGACCUCGCCCGCCUCCGCGCGCGCUACUCCCGCCUCGCCGCCGGCCCGCCCGUCCGCCCCCGCGACGUCCCCUGCCUGGUCGCGCGCACCGACGACCCGCCGCUCGCCGUGGCCGCGCUCUCCUGGCUCGGCGGCGACCUCCGCCCGUCCUGCAUCCUCCUCACCCUCCUCCCGGCGCUCUUCCCCUCCCUCCCCGCGCACGCCCGCCACAAGCUGUCCGCCGCGGCGCGCCGCCUCCACGCCCGCGAGGCCGCGCUGGACGGCGAGGUCGCGGAGUACCAGUCCACCUACGCGAUGAAGCUGGCGUGCGAGAAGACCAAGGAAGGGGUGGCGGAGACGGCGGCGGAGGAGAUGUGCAAGAUGGCGCGCGCGGCGCGGCGGGCGGACAAGCUGCGGUGGCGCGCCGUGGAGGCCGCGGUGAAGGAGGUGCUGACGCCGCCGCAGGCCAAGGAGUUCCUCAAGGCCGUGGAGGAGGUGGCGGCCAAGGCGGCGCGGCACGGCGCCCGGUGGCACGCGCGCACCGCCGCCGUCUCCGUCCCCGUCGAGGUGUUCGACCGCAUGCGCGCCAACGCCAGAGCUGCCACGGAUGAUGCUUGGUGACCUCACCCUCUCACAAUUUUUGCUUAAACAACAACAACACAUUCAUCACUAGUAAUUACAGUACAUCAAUGAUAACCAACUCUUUUAGGCUUCACAUUUGAGAUUGGCAAUCCUUCUCAAGCUGUUGAUGAAAUUGAGGUUUAAUCGUUCUGAAACCGAGGUUGAAAUUGGCAAAUGUCUUGCUUCAGUUCAGAACGCUGGAUUCCUCUACUUGUUACACACAACUUAUACCUAAGACAUUUCUUUUCUAGUAUAAGAUUUUGUAGUGAGGUUUGGAUAUGAACUACACUUUCGACAGUGAUCUCUGCUGAAAAUACUUUCAUGCUCGAAGCUUACCUUGUUGAAAUUGCGGUUGAAUCCUUCUGAAGCUGAGGCUGAAAUUGACACAACUUGUUCUUGUUUUACUUCACUUCUUUUUCAUUCACUACACUGUUUUGCUCUAUGUUCUUACAGAGAACUCUGCCUGAACAAUUUGUUAAGAUCUUUAAAUCAAGUGUGGAUGAAUUACACUGGUCUACAG